AUGGUACUCCUAGAAGAUCUGUUCAUCUCCGACGAGGAGGUGGAGUACUGCCCCUUAUGUGUUGAAGAAAUGGAUAUUUCCGACAAGAACUUCAAGCCUUGCCCUUGUGGCUAUCAGAUUUGUCAGUUUUGCUACAACAACAUCAGACAGAAUCCGGAACUUAAUGGUCGUUGUCCUGGAUGUAGACGUCUCUACGACGAUGAAAGCGUCGAGUACAAGACAUUGACAGCUGAGGAGUACAAGUUACAGCAAUUCAAGAAGGAAAGACGUGAACGUGACAAGAAACAGAGGGAGAAGGAGAGGAAGGAGCUGGAGAUUGCAAGCAAGAAGCAUUUGGCGGGGCUCCGUGUGGUGCAGAAGAAUUUGGUGUAUGUGACUGGGUUGAAUCCGCCUUGUCCGCCUGAGGAUUUGCACCUGGUUCUUAGAUCAGACAAGUACUUUGGUCAGUACGGGAAAAUUCUGAAAAUCGUUAUCAACCGCAAGACUCCUGCGGGGCCCUCUGCUCACCAGACUCAAAACUCAAACCAGGGCAUCGUUGUGUAUGUUACUUUUGCCAAAAAGGAGGAUGCUCUUAGAUGUAUCAAUGAGCUCGAUGGAUCGGUGUGUGAUGGUCGGGUCCUCCGUGCUGCUCAUGGAACCACAAAGUACUGCCUGUCGUACUUGCGUGGCCAUCCAUGCCCCAACCCAAACUGUAUGUUCUUGCAUGAGCCUGGUGAGGAAGCUGACUCUUACACUCGUAAGGAUUUGUCUACACAACAGGGUAUUAAGAUGGGCAUGAGUGGGCUGCGUAGUGGCAGCGGGGUUAACUUGCAUCAGUCCCACUUUGGUGAGCACGAGGAGUCCGAUGAUGAACGUCACUCCACUGUUUCAUCAUCAGUGGGAACUUCUACUGCUGUCCCUACGGGAACUACUCCAGUUGCCACACACGCUGUACCCGUACUUCCUGCCACUGCACAUUGGGCAAAGAAUAUGGCACUGGACUCUGCCAGCUCGUCGCCUGCAGUUUCCAAUGUCCUGAUGGCUGAUUCGGCUGCAUUCCCUACUUUGGGCGAGAUCUUCAAGGAUCAGAAGCUUCAGAAGAAGGAUGCGAAAAAGAAGUCCAAGUCCAAUAAGGACGGCACAGUUUUGCCUGAUGACAUCGAUAUCGACGACAACCUGGCUUUCCAGAUUGCGGAGGAUGCCAGCGAACGCUUGAAACAAUUGUCUGAGUCCAACCGUGCAUUGAAAGUUUACUUUGACGAUUUGAGCGACGCGCAACCUAUUCCACUUUUCCACUUUGACCGUAACAUGGGGCCAUAUUCUGGCUCGUUGGAUGAGGAGAAGGUGCUUGCCAGACAGGUGAUCGAACGGUUUUUGUUGCGUCCAAUCAAGAAAUAUCACUUGGCGUAUCUGAAUCACCCGGUAAGCCAGCAGCAACAGUAUUUGACACAGCAGGCACACUUACAGCAGCAACUGCUGCAGCAGCCGCAACAACAGCAACAGCAACAACAAAUGCAACUGCAGCAACUGCAGCAACUGCAAACUCCACUUGUGACUGCUAGAUUACAACAGAUGCACUUGGAUGAAUCACAAAAGCAACAGCAACAGCAACAGCAACAAAUGCUCUUGAUGCAACUCCAGCAGCAGGUACACCAGGGUAAUGUUCAAGGAAACGCUCAAGGUAACGUUCAAGGUAAUGUUCCAGCACAAGGCCAAUUCUCACAGAUCAAUGCCUUGAGAAUGAGCCAGAGAGGAGCAGCUACACCUCCACCUCCAGGAUUAUUUGGUAAGAAUCAGGACGUUCCACUGCACCCAAGCACACUAUCCAACCAGUCGUCUAGCUCUCAGUUGUUGACACAAUUAAUGAGUGGAAAGUAG